UUAACUUACCAUGAUUAUAAGCUGACAUGUUUGGGAUAACAUGUUUAUCUGAUUAAUGGGAAAAACAAGAAGAAAAAAAAGAGCUCAAAGGUUGCCUACUUAGUUACUAACGGAAGACAAUGUGAAUUCCAUCCAAAUUUCCCUACGAAGAAACCAACGUGCCAUAUUUGCUUGUUAUAUAAGAUUCUUCCUUGGCACCAGGAGAAUCACGUUUAAGUUAAAGCAAAUGAAUCAAUCAUGAGAUUCCAAGGAGAAGAGGAAGCAGCAGCCAAAGUGCCUGUAACAUCUCCUUUCCGGUACAAUUCACCCCUGGUACAGGUUAGCUUAAUAGGUCUAGUAUGUUUCUGUUGUCCUGGCAUGUUCAAUGCCCUUACAGGCAUGGGAGGUGGUGGUCAAGUCAACCCUGAUGCAGCAAAUAAUGCUAACACCGCUCUGUACACAACUUUUUCCAUCUUUGGAGUCCUUGGUGGUGGUGUUUACAACAUCUUUGGACCAAAGGUUACCCUUGCAAUGGGCUGCUCCACUUAUGUCCUUUAUGCUGGCUCUUUCCUAUACUACAAUCACCAGCAAGACCAGACUUUUGCUAUCUUUGCUGGUGUUUUGCUCGGUAUCGGUGCAAGCUUUCUUUGGGCUGGACAAGGGGCUAUCAUGACUUCCUAUCCCACUGCUACUCGUAAAGGCACCUAUAUUUCUCUUUUCUGGAUUAUUUUCAACUUGGGUGGUGUCAUUGGUGGACUCAUACCUUUCAUCCUGAACUACCACCGGCAGGAAAAGGCUGAAACUGUCAACGACAUGACAUAUAUUGUCUUCAUGUGUUUCAUGUCAGCUGGUACCCUCAUCUCAUUCACAAUUUUAUCCCCUGAUCGUGUUGUCAAAGACGAUGGUACUCAUUGCACCAACAUUAAAUACUCAAAUGUUACCACUGAAGCUAUUGAGAUCCUUAAGCUCUUUUGUAACUGGAAGCUGCGUCUCAUCAUCCCAGCUGCCUGGGCUAGCAACUUCUUCUACAGCUACCAAUUCGAUAAUGUCAACGGUUUGAUGUUUAAUCUGAGAACAAGAGGAUUUAACAAUGUAUUCUAUUGGGGGGCUCAAAUGAUAGGUUCAGUGGGAAUUGGAUAUAUUUUAGACUUCAGUUUCAAGAGCAGAAGAACAAGAGGCUUGGUUGGGGUAGGAAUUGUUGCUGUGCUCGGGACGGUAAUUUGGGCGGGUGGCCUUGCCAACCAGUUGAAUUACUCUUUUGACAAACCUCCCAACCGGUUGGACUUCAAGAGAUGCGGAAGCGAUUUCGCUGGACCGUUCGUAUUGUACUUUAGCUAUGGGUUAUUGGAUUGGGUGAUUGGAGCAUUAGCUGAUACCUCAGAGACCCUCAGCAGAUAUGCUGGUUUCUACAAGGGAGUGCAGAGUGCAGGAGCGGCAGUUGCCUGGCAAGUCGGCAAAAAAAAGAUUCCCUUGCUCAACCAGCUGAUUGUGAAUUGGGUGCUGACCACUUUGAGUUAUCCAUUGCUGGCGGUCCUCAUUUACAAGGCAGUUAAGGAUACGGAUGGCAGUAAGCCUGCAGAGGACAAUGACACUGCUUCAGGACUGCCUCCCCCCGCUUCAAUGAAAGAUGGUUACAAAGAACUUGAGAACUCUAUUACUACGGAAAAGAAUGGUUUAAGUACUUGGCAAAGUUUACCCCUCAAAUUUUACGCCCUUUCAACUUCUUGUUCAUCAUAUACCGGAAAUAAAAGCUCGAUAGGGAGAAAUCUAAAUUGAUGGAAUUUUCCAUACUGCUUCCAAAUGUUUCUAUAUAUUAUUCCUUUCUUCAAUUGUUCU